AAACAAAACAACGACAGUGACAGUUUGGUUGUGAGGAAGAGAAGAAGAGAGAACGUCGUUUCACACUGGCGUUGUCACUGGAUGAUGGGGCUGCUUGAGGUGCGCGGGGUGGCGCUGUACACGCCGCUGCAGCACCUGUACUCCGUAUUUGAACGGGUCGGGCCAGUGAAGCACAUUGAAGUCCAGCGGGAUCCGUCCACGCGGCUACGUACCGGCGUAUACCUUGUGGAGUUUUAUGAGUCCACGCACUCCGAUGUCGCUGUUGAGUAUCUGAACGGCUUUAUGCUUGACGACAGGCCACUGGAAGUUGCGCGGCACAUGCAGUCAUCAUCGCGCCGCAGUAGCCAUUAUGCCUGUGAUGACCGCCUCGACAGAAAGAGACACAGGAACAGCGCAAGAGAAGAUACGAUGAUCGCUUUUGACGCGCCAGUGAUGACACGUGUAAUAGAAUGA